AUGGCAAACAGAGAAGUGACACUUAGUGCCCUCUGCUUCUGUCUGACUUUAAUUUCAACCACAGAAGAACAGGGGAUUUUCAAAUCUGUUAGCAUUCCAGACCAGGCAUAUUUCUCCGAAACAUUUGAAACAGGCCCACUGGACAGAAAAUGGGUUCUCUCCAAAUCACUAAAAGAAGGUGAAUUACAGUAUGACGGAGAGUGGCAAAUAGAGGGACCAAACAAUCAAGAGUUCAAAGAGAACAAAGGUCUCGUCCUCAAAUCUUCAGGUCGUCAUCAUGCUAUUGCUGCUUAUUUACGCACAGUAUUUUACUUCAGAAAUAAACCCCUCAGCCUUCAGUAUGAGGUUUCCUUCCAGAAUGGGAUUGAUUGCGGUGGAGGCUACAUCAAGCUGCUCUCUGAUAUGGCUGACCUUCGCUUGAGUCAGUUUAACGACGCCACACCGUACACCAUCAUGUUCGGUCCAGACAAGUGUGGCAGUACGUACAAGGUGCAUUUUAUCUUCCGACACCGAAACCCUGUGACGGGGGUGUAUGAGGAGAAACAUGCCCGGCAACCUGACACUGACCUGAGGGAAUAUUUCUCUGAUCGUAACCCUCAUCUCUACACUCUCAAUUUAUAUCCAGACAACACAUUUGAAAUCCUCAUCGACCAAACCUUAAUCAAUAAAGGUAAUCUGUUAAAAGACAUGGAUCCACCAGUGAUACCCCCACGUGAGAUAGAGGAUCCACAAGAUGCCAAACCCACUGACUGGGAUGACAGGCGUAAAAUCCCUGAUCCUACAGUAACAAAACCAACCGACUGGGAUGAUGAAGCUCCUCAGUUCAUUUUGGACCCCACAGUGCAGAAACCUGCUGACUGGUUAGAAGAGGAGGAACCAUUUAUCCUGGAUCCCAAGGCUGAGGUUCCUGAUGAUUGGUUGGUGGAGAUGGACGGGGAGUGGGAGGCUCCUCUCACUGCAAACCCUGCAUGCCUCCAGGCUGCAGGAUGUGGACUGUGGGAGCCCCCUAUGAUACCAAACCCAGCAUUCAAGGGCAAGUGGAAACCACCUAUGAUUGACAACCCAAAUUAUCAGGGGGAGUGGAAGCCGAGGAUGAUCCCAAACCCAGCCUACUUUGAGGACGCUCACCCUUUUAGAAUGAUUCCUGUAGCUGCUGUAGGGUUCGAGCUGUGGUCACUUACAGGAGGUAUAAUGUUUGACAACAUCUUGCUCUGUGAUGACCUUGAGGUUUCCAGACAUUGGACCGAAGAAACAUGGGGACAGAGACAGCCUAAGGGUAUUCUGGAGCAGUUACUAUUAGCCACAGCAAAGCGUCCAUGGCUGUGGGGUGUUUACGUCUUCACUGUUGGCCUUCCCAUCAUCCUUUUCAUCAGCUUCAUGUGGCCUGAUAAGAGGUUUGGUCCACCAGAGCAGGAUUAUUAUUACAAAAAAUCUGAUGAACCUCAGCCUGACAGUCAACAGGAUCCUGAAUGGCAAUCAAAUGAAACCGAUAAUGGAGAAAAGACUAAAAGUGGUCCAAGAAAACGAGAAAUCAGCAAAGCUCAGCAAAAAUCAGACCUGGAAUUAAAGGUAAUUAAAUCAGGUGAAAAUAAUUAA